AUGGAGAAUUCAUCGGUAUUUUCUGGAAGCACGCAAGAUGUUUCCUCCGCGAUAUCACUUUAUAACUUAUCUGCUGGCGAAGAUUCGUCUAUCAAAGCAGUUUUGGAUUAUGACCCCAAUGAUGAAGUACAGGGCUCUGUGAUCUCGCGUCCGCUUUCCAGAUCUUCAAUGACGUCUUCUCUUUCGAUGGUAGCGACCAAAGAUGGUAUAGAGGGCAGAAAUAUCCAUCGUCAUGGCAUCCCACAAUACUCGUUGAACUUGCUCAACUCCAUGGCCCCGCCGAGCAUUUCAAAAAAUAAGAAUCACGUCAAGCAGCAGCUACAACAACAACCGGGUGGAACAGUAUCGCAUUUGCCAAAUCCGAAAUCCUCGUCGUGUUACGCGGAGGACUCAAUGGAGGCCAUCUCAAAUUCAGACUUUUCGACAGGCGCCCCAAUGACGCUAAAGGAGAAAAUGAGACUGCUCAACUACAAAUCAGCUCCCUUGCAGUACACGUCCUCUGCGGAGUCGCUUCUAGAUCGUACAGAGCGAUCCCAAACCGAUUACGGCCAACGCAACAGUGACGAGACAAAAGAGGGAUCCAAGCCCAUUGUAGCAGUGGCAGGCAGCGAAACUAACAGUAACCAAAGCACCAACGGCGAUGACUUUUCGUAUUUGGGCGACGUCAAAGCUCUGCCACCAGUUUUGGUGUCGGUGGAAAAUGAUCGCGAUUAA